CUCUGUCUCUUUAAGACACCGGAAGUGAUCAGCGCUGUGUUGCUAGAGGUCAGGGGUUUAUUUUGGUUCUGUGCUGGAUCUGGUGAGCGGGGUUAAGGAUGCCUCCUGCCCGGUUGAACAUUCCUCUGCGGGCUUGGCGUCACUGGUGUGUUUUGAGGAGCGUGCAGAGCCUCAGAGGGAGGCAGUGUGGAGGUGCUCGGCCACGGUGCUCCUCGGCUCAGCUGAACGGCGGCGAUAUGAGGAGCAUGGAGGAGAUCCUGCGCAGGACGGUGGUUCCUUUGCCCACAUACGAGACCAGAGACAAGUCCCCCCCGCCGCCAGACUCCAGCAGCCUGGAGUUCAUGUACUUCUACAGGAAGCUGGACAAGGAGGGAAAACACACGCUUCUGGACAAGCUGGCUAGGGAGUACGGAGUGGACCACCGGGGUGUCUCGGAGCUGGCUGUGAAGCUGCUGGACACGCAGCUGAGGGACUCGGCCACAGUGCUGCAGGCGGAGGACCGGCUGCGCUACAGUUUAACCCCCAGAUACAGACAUUUACUCGGCCAUAUAAGCAGAGUAGAAGGGGGAGUGAAGUUUCUGGUGGACCUGCGUGCAGAUCUGCUUGGUCUUACGUCUUCUAAGAUCACUGACAGUCCCUACAUGAGGGAACUCAACAGCACUCUGAAGAGCCUCCUGUCUGAGUGGUUUUCUGUGGGGCUGCUCCGGCUGGAGAGAAUCACCUGGCAGUCACCCUGUGAGCUCCUACAGAAGAUCAGCCAAUAUGAGGCAGUCCAUCCAGUGCGCAACUGGACCGAUAUUAAGCGCAGAGUGGGACCCUACAGACGCUGCUAUGCCUUCACCCACGCCUCCAUGCCUGGAGAACCUCUGGUGGUCUUGCAUGUAGCGCUCACCCAGGACAUUUCAGAUAACAUUCAGUGCAUCGUGAGAGAGUUUGAAACUCUGGAUGCGAUAGAAGAGGUGCAGAAGAUCAACACUGCUAUCUUCUACUCCAUCUCCUCCACACAGGCUGGCCUGCAGGGGGUCGAGCUGGGCAAUUACCUCAUCAAGAGGGUGGUCCGAGAAUUGCAGAGUGAGUUUCCUCACAUGGCUCAGUUCUCCAGCCUGUCUCCCAUCCCAGGCUUUACGUCGUGGCUGCAGGGUUUCCUGGGCCAGUACAGGAAGGAGGGUCGUGCUGCCGAGCUCCUGACCGAGCAGGAGUGGAAGGAGGUAGAGGAGCUGACCGGUGCAGCCUCCGGGGCAGCAGCUCUGGAGACCCUGCGCUCUCUUCUCGGCUCUGGAGAGUGGCUGCGCUCUGAGCGGCUGGUUCGAGUACUGGAGCCUGUGUUGAAGCGCCUGUGCGCCUGGUACCUGUAUGGAGAGAAGAGGCGGGGCUACGCACUCAACCCCGUCGCCAACUUCCACCUGCAAAACGGCGCCGUCUUGUGGCGGCUGAACUGGCUCGCAGACACCAGCCCCAGGGGCAUCGCCAACUCGUGUGGCCUCAUGGUCAAUUACCGCUAUUUUCUACAAGAAACCAGCACCAACAGCGCCACCUACCUGCAUAACAAAGUCAUCACAGCUUCAGAGCAAGUGCUGAGCCUGGUUUCGCAGUUUCAGAAGAACAGUAAACUAUAAGAGUAAACUUCUGAUUCACUCCAAUAGAGGAGUGACCUCUGUAAGAAUCUGCUCAGGAGUUCUGAGCACUGUAUAUAAUAUGUAGUAUAAAAAAUAACUCUAGCACUUUGAUGUCAAUGUGACUAAAGGUUUUGACUGCACUUGUAUAAAAUUGUGUAAAAAUUGUAUAAAAGCUUGUACAAACUAUUAUUUAAACUACUCUGAUUUGGUUGUGAUUUGGAUUUGGUAGUUGUUUUUUAGUAGACCUGUAAAGUAUGAUUGUCAUGAUUUUGUGUGUAUAAUUAAUCACACUCUGCAGUACACUUAUGGUAACAUUAAGCACUUAUCAUUGUCUAAACACCACUGACUGAGCUGCAAAUUGUUCAGAUUUAGUUUAGUGUUAGUCUAAAUUCAGGUCAAAUCAUUAGCUUCAGUGCUAAAUUUGGCCCUGAUGUGGUUCUGUGGAGACUAGUCUUGGAUGACUAAAUUGCAGUUUCAAUUGUGAACUGCCUAUAUCUUAGGCUUGUCUUAAUCUGGGUUUGGGAUGUCAUAUAUUUAAUUGUAAAGCAAGACUAUAAACUGAUUCAUGUAACUGAUUCGAUUAAGCUUAAUCUUAAUCGUUGGUUGGGAAGACAAACUUAGACAAUUAACUCAAAGGUUUAUGGAGGAACCUUUUGAAAGCCUAGUCAUGGAUGACUAAACUGUUAAAAAAAAUUCUAUUGGUAAAAAUGAAUAGAACCCAGUACAUUGAAUGCCACUGCGUUUAGAAUAUGUUUUGAUUCUCUAAGCCUUUUGUUCCAAUUAUGUGUUAAACUCAUAACAUGACCUUCAAACGCUGCAGAUGAUGAUAUGUAGCUUGAAAUGUACCCGCUGAAAGGUAGUAAUCUUAAAGGCUGCUGCACAUAAUGCAUUUUUUUUUUACAGUAACAUUCUUUACAUUCUACUUUCUGAAAGCAGUGCAGUAGCCUCAAGUACACAAUUACCUAACAGCAGUUACUCAACCUUUUCUUUCCCUGCUAAAGAAUCUUGACACAAUAUCUUGCAUUUUCCCAUAUUAUAAUUCUUAAUUCAGAGGAAAAGUUUGUUAAUAGCAAAAUGUAUGGGAGUUGUUUAUCGCAGGGUGCAUUUCUCAUACAGAAAAAAAAACAGCUUCUUCCUUAUAUAGGUUUAGUGAUCCUGACAGCGUGCCUUCAGAGGUCUAUAUGCAGUUUGUCCAAGUUUGUCUCAGAUCAGUUCUGAGCUUGGUAAAACAACGUAAAAACGCUUUGUGUUGUGCCAAAUGUUGCUCCCUUAUUUCAGAGAAUUUUCAAAAAUGAGCCUAUUUGAUCUAUUUUGUCUUCGGUAGAGGGCUUGUGCAGGUUUAUCUAGCAUUUUCACGUUGUUGCUUAUUUUCUGGUUUGAAAGAGUCGUGGUAAUGAAGCAUGAAGAAUCUAUCAGCUUCUGUCAUGUCCCUGUUUCACAUUGUGUGUGAGUGUGUGUUUGUGAAGGGUAGAAUGAGUGGGUGGAGGCUACUGGAAUAAAUGAGCUUUUGAUUUCUUCA